GCCAGAAUUAUGCACUGCGACAGUUUCUCGUUGAGAAAGCGAUGAGGAGAGAAAAAAAGAAAAAGGAAAAAGGAAAAUGAAAAAUGGAGGUUAAAUCUUCGCCAUCUAUUGUCCACCAUCUUCAUCGGCGAAACUGAUCGGCGCCAUCCCAUCAAACAGUAAUCGUCAACCACAAUCUCUCUCUUGUAAGCAAGUUCCACGUGGCGAAAACCCACAAUCCUUCUUCGAAGAUGCUUCAAGUUCCGCAACCGGACCGGAGCAAUCAAAGCACAUUUUCCCGGUGAAUAGGGAAUCAAAAAGUUAGGUGUACGAUUCCAUUUUCCCAACCAAUUUGAUCCUGGGUUCGAAUAAUUCCCUCUACAAAUUCAACUUCCACUGCUCUCUUAAUUUCGGUAUAUUGGGAAUUUAGAUUUGUUGUUUCUCAUCAAUUUCCCAAAUGCCACAACUCCUAAUCCAACAUCUGUCGCGUCCAUUUCGGAAUCUGAUUCUCCCCUUUCCUUUUUCUUUAAUCUUCCCCUUUCAUUUUUAACUCUCUCUUUCCCCAAAUGCCUAUUUAAAUGCACCAUGCGAAUUCCCAGGAGACAGGUUUCCUUUUGCCUCUCCUUAUUCUCGCUCGAAUUCACAUAUCCUUUAUCCUCCCCAGGUUUUCUGGGAAUUCCCAAUUCCUUUAUCCGCAAACCCAAAAGGAUUCAUACCCUAGGUUCGUCGUUCAGUUUGCUCUUUCAUCUCUCAGCAGGAUUAAAUCAGUUGCGUCCUAUUGAUGCCAUGGGUGAGAACCUUGGGACUGUUUUGAAGGACAAGAGAACACAUUCUCUUGAUGUUACCCACGUUGAGGAUGGCCAGGAGCCAUGCAUAUGGUCAUCAGCAGAAGAAUGCAAAAUUGAUAUCGGAAAGCAGAUCUUUUGCAAUAGAUCUUUGAAUAUGAAAAAUAUUGUUGCCGUGGGGUUUGACAUGGAUUACACGUUGGCACAAUACAAGCCGGAAACUUUUGAGUCCCUCGCAUAUGAAGGCACAAUAAGAAAGUUGGUUUAUGAUUUGGGAUAUUCUGAAGAGUUGCUGAAUUGGUCAUUUGACUGGAAAUACAUGGUCAGAGGUUUGGUUCUUGAUAAAAGGAGAGGCAACAUAUUGAAGAUGGAUAGGCACAAGUACGUCAAAGUGGCUUACCAUGGUUUCAAAGAGUUGUCCAAGGAUGAUAAAGUUGAUACCUAUGGAAAUACUUUAGUACGGGAUUCUUUUGAUGAACCUGACUAUGCUCUUAUUGAUACCCUUUUUUCACUUGCGGAAGCCUACUUGUUUGCUCAACUGGUUGACUUCAAGGAUAAUAAUCCAGACAAAGUUCCAGAAGAUAUUGAUUAUGCUCGGAUGUAUAAAGAUGUUAGGGCUGCUGUAGAUUUGUGUCACCGUGAUGGAACCUUAAAGCAAAUGGUUGCAAAAGAUCCCGAAAGAUAUAUCAAUGUAGAUACAACAAUUUUGCCCAUGCUUAAAAUGCUUAGAGAUUCAGGCCGUUCUACUUUCUUGGUGACAAACAGCUUAUGGGACUAUACAAACGUUGUGAUGAACUUCCUUUGUAAUUCUUCUACACCAGAUGGUGAUCAGAAGUGCAAUUUUGAUUGGCUUCAGUACUUCGAUGUUGUUAUCACUGGCAGUGCUAAACCAGGUUUCUUUCAUGAUGACAACCGUGCUAAUCUAUUUGAGGUUGAAGCAAAGUCUGGAAUGCUACUUAAUACUGAUAAUGGUUCGCCAAUGCCUCAGGUGGGAAUGGCGUCAAUAGCUUUGUCACCUACAAAGUUAAGUAAAUCUUGCAGAGUUUUUCAGGGAGGCAAUGUCAGGCAUCUGCACAAACUUCUUUCCAUUGAAUCGAGUUCACAGGUUCUUUAUGUUGGAGAUCACAUCUAUGGAGAUAUAUUACGAAGCAAAAAGGCUCUUGGAUGGAGGACUAUGCUUGUUGUUCCAGAGCUUGAAAGGGAGGUCGAGCUCUUAUGGGAGUUGAGGAAGACCCGCAAGCAACUUCAACAAUUAAGAAACGAGCGGGAUGCCAUUGAAGACCAAAUACAUCAUUUGAAGUGGUCUCUCAAAUUUGAAGAUAUUGAGGCUGAUGACAAGGACAGAUUAUCUACUGAACUACAUCAGUUAGAGGGUGAACGAGAACAAGUGCGGUUGAGUCAUCAAGAUGCUCUACGGGAAUGUCAUCGAAAGUUUCAUGGGGUUUGGGGACAACUGAUGAAGACUGGAUAUCAAAACUCUAGAUUUGCUCAUCAAGUAGAGAGAUUUGCUUGCCUUUACAGCAGCCAAGUGACCAACUUGAGCCUAUAUUCCCCAGAUAAAUACUACAGGCCAAGUGAAGAUUUUAUGCCCCAUGAAUUUGGCAUCAUUCCUUUGUGAAAAUAGUUUUUUUUUUUUCUUAAAAAAAAAAAUCAACCAAUCUGUGUCUUCAUAAAUUCCUCAAAACAGAGGAAUAUAUAAUUAGUUAAAAUUCUAGUACAUAGUUGCACUUACGCCAUUUCAAUACAACUUUAGUCCUGUAAUGUCUGUUUGCCUUCUAUUUGGUCACUAUUCUUAAUUUUUUGUUUCUAAAAUUAUGUAAAAAAAAAUCUAGAAAUAAAAAGAAUUUAUUUUCUAGUUUU